UCAUUCCCUCCUUUGCCCGGGGGGCCCCCUUCCCGGCCAGACGGCGGGACACACGGCUGGGUGUGCAGCGACCUCGAACCCGUGAGCCAGAAAGCAGAGCUUCUGCGUCCCAGGGACUCCAGCACACACCAUGGCGGACUCUGAGCGUCUCUCGGCCCCCGGCUGCUGGUUAGCCUGCACCAGCUUCUCGCGCACCAAAAAGGGAAUUCUCCUGUUCGCUGAGAUUAUACUGUGCCUGGUGAUUUUGAUAUGCUUCAGUGCGUCUACCACGUCGGCCUACUCCUCCCUGUCGGUGAUUGAGAUGAUCUUUGCCGCUCUUUUAUUUGUCAUCUACAUGUGUGACCUGCACUCCAAGCUGUCAUUCAUCAACUGGCCUUGGACUGUGAGAAAGGGGCCAGCAGUGCCGAGGCUGGGCAUGGGGGUGGGAAGUUGGAAUGGUCUGCAGCUCCGGGUUCUGAGGUCACCUUUUUCUCUGUCCACUUCACAGGACUUCUUCAGAUCCCUCAUAGCAGCCAUCCUGUACCUGAUCACCUCCAUUGUUGUCCUUGUAGAAGGAAGAGGCAGCUCUAGAAUCGUUGCUGGGAUACUGGGCUUACUUGCUACGUUGCUCUUUGGCUAUGAUGCAUACAUCACCUUCCCUCUAAAGCAGCAAAGACAUACAGCAGCCCCCACUGAUCCCACAGAUGGCCCGUGAUCGUCUUUCAGCUGUCUCUGCUACCUGUCAAUAGCUCCUCCAUCAAAAACUUCCUCUUGUCGGGUGGUGGUGGUGCACGCCUUUACUCCAAGCAUUCAGGAGGCAGAGGCAGGUGGAUCUCUGUGAGUUUGAGGCCAGGGCAACACAGUGAGAUUCUGUCUCUAAAACAAUACCUCCUCCGGUUUCCACAAGUCUCCAGCCAAUUCUCUGACCCCAUUGAAAGUGCUUAUGGUACAAGAGAUUGAACCUAGAGCCAUGUACAUCCUAGGCAAGCACUCUCCACUGAGCUACGUUCCUGUAAAAGUGCCUUUAUUGGGAGUUUUGUCUUCCAGCCUGCCAAUCAACCCACCUGGGUGUGGUCACCUUUAUGUGUGUGCCUAGAUUCCUCUUUGCUCUGCAGUACCAGCAGCUGACAAGAGUUCUGCUUGAACUGUAGCCCCACAUAAGCUACAAAAUGAGUGACCCACUACAAAUAACCUUUUUCUCUGUGUGGGGUGAGCUGUGAAGGGCUAAAUAAGCAAUAAAAAUAUUGUUAAAGUCUACAA